AUGCCUCGCAUUCUCCCAUUCAAACAAGUUGAUGUAUUCACUGGAGAACUAUUUAAGGGUAAUCCAGUGGCUGUAACCAAUUGUAUGGAUAUCGAUGAAUCAGAAGUCACUACUGAACAAUUGCAAGCCAUUGCUAGCUGGACAAAUCUUUCAGAGACCACUUUUCUUUUCAAACCAACUGAUGCUGGUUGUGAUUACAAACUAAGAAUCUUCACUCCUGGGAGUGAAUUACCAUUUGCAGGUCAUCCAACAGUUGGAUCUUGUAAAGCUUUCCUUGAAUUCACCGGUGUAAAGAAGGAGAAAAUUAUUCAACAAUGUGGAUUAGGUCACAUUGAGCUAACUGUCACAGAUGACCAAAAGAUCUCGUUCAAAGCUGGCCCAAAUUCCAUAGAGGAAAUUAGUGACAGUGUCAUCAAAUCAUACGAAUCAACCAUGAACAUCAAUUCGAUCGAGAGACCAAAGCUACUAAGAGUUGGUCCAAACUGGGCUGUAUUGUUGGUUAAGGAUUCUGAAGAAGUUUUAAGAAUUGAACCAGAUUUGGUCGCAAUGACUGCUUUGAACAGAGAAAAUGUUCACACUGGUGUCAUAGUGGGUGGUUUAAAGACCGGUUGCACUGCUGGAGAUGCGUACGAAAUCAGAGCUUUUGCUCCAAAUGAAGGUGUUUCUGAAGAUCCAGUCUGUGGUAGUGGUACUUUGGCCUUUUUGAGAUACUUGCAAGAGAUUAAUCAAUUCAAGGAAUCCAAAACUUUCCACAUUACUCAAGGUGCUAGGGUGGGUAGAAAUGGUAAUCUUUAUUGUAAGAUUGACAUUUUACCAGAUGGUAAGGUUGAUUACUACGUUGGUGGUUACGCUAUUGCUAUCCUAAACGGUACCAUCACUUUAUAA